AGAAACGCCAGUUGAAAUCCAAAAGCCGAACUAGAGAAGUCCAAUAUUAUUCGAAACGUAGAGUUAUUACGUCUAUCGCAAUCGAAGUGAAUUAGUUGCAUUUUUUAAUUGUAUCUAUUUAUUCAAGUGGGACAAACUGUAUUCAAACCUUUAGUUAAAAAUCUAUCAAAUCAAUCCAAUUUUGGUCUUUAUUUGAAAAAACAAAAUGUCUAGUGUUCUUGCGAGUUCCAUGCCUAUAAUUGAACAACCAGCAUCUUUACGCUAUUCGUCGAUUCCACUAUCGACUGCGGUACCUGGCGAAAGAAUCAUCACCUUGGAAGAAGUCGCAUACCAUGAUACUUGGGAUAGUUGUUGGAUGGUGAUUUACGAUAGAGUGUAUGACGUCACUGAUUUUUUAGAUGAGCACCCCGGUGGUGAUGUUUUAUUGGAAUAUGCAGGAAGGGAUGCAACCUGCGCUUUCAGAGGGUCCGGUCACAGCGCGCUAGCACUAAAGCAGCUUCAAAGCUUUUUAAUUGGAGAGCUACCUGCUGAACAGAGAAUAUUUCGCAAGUCGGGUGGUUAUAAGAUAAGCAACUUACCCGAUUAAUUAAUAUUUACAAUCCGUACCGCACCGCACGCUUUUAAGUUCCUAUUCAAAUUUAUUAUUACUUGUAAUUUUUAAACUAAUACGAACGACAGAGUAUUUACUGCAAAUUAUUUAUCUAUU